AUGCUAUUAAGAAACCUUGAUGCACCAAGGCUCUGCAAUGGAACAAGGGUGGUUGUUAAAACAGCCAUGCCUCCUGUGCUGGAAGCAACAAUAAUUACAGGCAACAUGAUGAGUGAGAAUGUAUGCAUUCCAAGGAUACCUCUCAUCUCAAAUGAUCUCCCCUUUCAGUUCAAGAGACUACAGUUUCCUGUCAAACUCAGCUUUGCAAUGUCUAUCAUCAAAGCACAAGGUCAAUCUCUAAAGAUGGAGGGACUUAACUUCCUUCAACCUUGCUUCUCACAUGAUCAACUGUAUGUUGGACGUUCUAGAGUUGGAGAUGAAAAGAACCUCUACAUUCUCAGUGAUAAACAUGGCAAGACAGAAAACACAGUAUAUGAAGAAGCACUUACAUGA